AUGUCUACCAAAGGUUUCAGUGCGAUCCCAGUCCUCACAACGGGCAACUACCUCGCAUGGUCACAAAAGAUAGAUCGAUAUUUCACACUCAACAACCUCGAUGACCUCGUCUACGGGCUUGAGCUCAGCCCAGACUCGGCACCCAAAGACCCUUCCCCCGGUACGGAAGGCGAGGGGAGCGAGAGUUCAACUUCUUCCAAACAAUACGUCGCUGAUAAUGCUAACGAAUGGAAACGCCGCGCAAAACAGGCCUCCGCAGCCAUCACACUCACUGUCGAUGAGACCAACAUGAGCCAGAUCCGCAAACUCAAAGGGGAUCCAGUCGCAAUGUGGAAUAAGCUCGAGUAUAUUCACAAUGCAAAGACAUCGGCAACCCACUUCAACGCGCUUGAGGCAUUCUUCGCCAAAACGAAGGCCGAAGGAGAGCCUUUGGCGUCGAUCACAGCCGCCACCAAUGCCCUCGAGGAACAAUUUAGAUCACUCUGGACGACAAAUUACGAUGCAGACACACUACUAAACGACCUCGCUAUGAUGUCGAGCCUCCGCAUGAUCCCGCCUGAAUCGAUUCACGUCCGAACUUCACUACUCUGCCAGCCAAAUCUCACCCGAGAUGUAAUAGAUGCAGCUCUCGUCAACGAGGACAAUCAGCAGCGCAGGAACUCGCAGCCAGCCAUCGCACUCCGGGCAGCCACUUCCCAGCCCACUGCUUAUCGCAGUGCCAUAUGUGAUCAUUGUGGCAAACGGAACCAUACAGCCGCUCAGUACUGGUCGAAGGCUGAAGCGACUCGUCGCAAGCAAGAGGCCGCACGUGUUGCCAUCACUACAGACGGUUCAACUACUGUACCAAAUGCUCAUGCCGCUCAUGCAAGUACCCCCUCCUUACCAUCUACGGCUAGAUCUGACCUGAACGCCGACACAGGGGCUACUCGGACAAUGAUGAGUGACGAAAGCUACUUUACCAUGCUCCGCCCCUUGGUCAGGUCGAUCAAACUGGCCAAUGAUGGUUACUUUAGUUCUGAACUCGUUACUUUCCCUAAUGUUCUCUUUGCUCCCGACUUACAAUCGAAUCUCGUCUCAGUUCUCUCAAUGGCACGCAAAGAAGGAUAUGAUAUCCGCAUUAAUUCGAAGCAAAUGGAGUUCUACCUUGAUGGUAAACUCCGAAUGACAGCUCGUAUUGAUGACAACUGCGUUGCUUACCUCAAUGGACGAGUUCUCACGUCGGAGCAGGCACAUAUCGCGAGUAUACUCUGCUGGACUAUGAGCAGGCAUCGCCGCCUUGGUCACUAUCACCACGACGGAGUUGACACAUUAAUCCGCCAUAAUCUGGUCAACGGACUCAAGCUGGACUCAAAUGCAAAGCCAGACCCUAUAUGCCCCGUGUAUUGCGGGCAAGCAAACUCGAGCACCCCAUACAACGCCAGCAACUCACGCCACCACUCCAUUAGACGGGUCUUUAUUGAUUUAAAAGGCCCAGUCAAUGUUGAGUCCAUGCCACACCGUGCCAAGUACUGGAUGGCUAUGGUGGAUGACGCAUCUAAUUUUGUCACGCUCUCACUCCUUCACUCGAAAGAUGGAGCAUUCAGAGCGUUCCAAGAGUUCCAAGCUCGCUGA